AUUUGUCUUUCGUUUUCUCACAGGGUUUGUACCGUAAUAUCCAGAAUUCUCACUGUAUCCGUGAAUUUGCUGCAUUUUCCUGGAGAAUUCAUCGGUGUUCUUCCUCCUGAAGGUCCGUUUUGAAGUCGUAUGGAAACGGAGUUUUAGCUCCAAGAGAUGAUUUCUGUGAUGAGCAACAGAUUCGAAGCAAAUCGAAAUAACGAUUCAGUAGAAGAGACGCAAGUUAGGGUUUCCAGUAGGACCCCCGCAGAUGAUUCUGAACAAGCGAGGGUUUCUAUGGACGUAACGAAUUCUAGGGCUUCCAAUUCCCAAACAGAGGAUUCUAGGGUUUUGGAAUUGGAAAGUGAAGGAAACCAAAUUAGGGUUAAGGAAAGAAAAGACCAAGAAGGUGGUAGUUCGGGGAAGUCGGGUCGUGUGAAGUUGGACCAGAAAGGAAAGACAGCAUUGGUUUCUAGUAAAACUGAUGCGAGGAAGGAAAAAAUGGAGCCUUAUGUUUCUGAGUACGAUUUAAUGCUCUCUAAGUUUGAUGAGUUUGCUGGAAAUGUGAAAUGUUGGUCAGUUGGUUAUGGGUUUGAAAUGGGUGAUAUGGUGUGGGGAAAGGUGAAAUCACACCCUUGGUGGCCAGGUCACAUUUUCAGUGAAGCAUUUGCUACUCCGUCUGUGCGAAGGAGUAAAAGGGAGGGUCACAUUUUGGUUGCUUUUUAUGGUGAUAGUAGCUAUGGCUGGUUUGAUCCAGAUGAGCUUGUACAUUUCGAACCAACUUAUGCGGAAAAGUCUAUGCAAACUAAUGUGAAGAACUUUAUAAAAGCAGUGGAGGAAGGGGUCGAUGAAGUGAGCCGGAGGAGUGCUUUAGGUUUGGUUUGUUAUUGUAGGAAGACAUACAGACUGCGUGCUGUGUCAAUUAAUGGGUUCUUUGCUGUAGAUUUUAGUGAUCUUGAGAGGAAUUGUACUUAUUCUGCUAGUCAGAUUAAGAAGGCUAGGGAAAGCUUUAAACCCAAAGAGACUAGGGGUUAUGUGAGUAAGUUGGCAUUGAAGCCUAGGAGAAAAGUGCAUGAGGAUCUUAACCUUGUUAAGAAGAAGGCAACCGCGUUGGCUUAUAGGAAGGCUGUUUUUGAGGAAGAUGAUCCUACCUAUGCAGAAGCUUUUGGUGUUGUUCCUUCUAAACAAGCACAAGAAGUGGCUCAGCCAUUUAGACAACCCUCUUCAAGAGCUCCUUUGAGUGGCAGAUUGGUGCAUGCAGAAACUCUGGGUAAGGGAAAGGGUUCUGCAAAAUCUAAUAAAAUGAAGGACCAAGUUGAGAAAGACAGAUAUCUGUUUAAACGCAGAGAUGAGCCUGUUAACCUGAAAGUCCACCAAGUUGGUCCAGCACAAGCAGGUUCUUCUGACCAGUCUGCUCAUCUAGACGGCUCCUCCUUAGAAGGAAAAGAUGUAUCUCCUAGUGCUGCUGAUGCAUCUGGCUCCACCUUGAUUGAGAGCUUUAAGCAGCCGUCAAGUCAGGUAGCUAAUGUGGAAGAACUUCAUGGAGAGAGACAAGCUGAAGAUGGUGGUACUGAUGUUGUGCGGCCUUCAGAUAAGGUCAAGGUUCGUAAACGUUCUGGUGGAGAAGUGAGUGGUGGAAGUAGUCUGUCAACUGAGAGGAAGAAAAAGAAGAAGAAGGUGCUGUUGGGCUUGAAAACUGACUCUAAUCAUGUUGAUGCACCAGCAGCAGCUGUUUCGUCAGAUAAUCCGGUAAUGGAAAAAGUUGCAAGAGAGUCUGUCCAAGUUCCUCCAGUUUCCACGGAAGAACUUCAAAUGGAUAUUCAACAAAAGGAUGAUCCUGCAGACUGCUCUGUGCCUGACCGUGUGGUAACAGAAGAUAAAGUUGGGAUUAGAAGCGACAAUAUUGAUCUUCGUCAAUUACUAAGUGAUCUCCAUGCGAUUGCUCUUGAUCCCUUCUAUGGUGCCCAGAGCAGAAAUAUAAAUACUAUACGAGAAGUGUUUCUGAAAUUCCGUUCCCUUGUGUAUCAAAAAAGCUUGGCUUUGUCUGCCACCAUUGAGAGUGAGUCAAGUACCCCCAUCAGCAAGUUACCUGUUGCAGCCCCUAUGUCAGACACUGGCCCCAGCAAUAAUGUGAAACAAACAUCAAAUCUGAAGCCACAGAAGAAUCCUGCCAGGCCUGAUGAUCCUUCUAUCAAAGGAGGGCGAAAGCGGGGUACUUCAGAUAGGCAAGAGGAACUGGCCGCCAAGAAAAAGAAGAAGAUCAAUGAUUUGAGAACAUUGGCAGCACAGAAGAAGGGCUCCGGUAAGACUUCAGAAGUUAAACCAGGUGAAAGCAAGGAAAUACCUGCAAAGAAGCUGGUAUCAACACCUGUGAAAUCAUCUAAGCCAGAUAGUGUCAAGAAGAAUGACCCGGCAGAAAAGGUACCUGAUCCUACCAUGCUUAUUAUGAAGUUUCCAUCUAAUGGAGCUCUUCCCUCCAUUUCUGAGCUGAAGGCGAGGUUUGCCCGUUUUGGGGCUCUGGAUCAUUCAGCUACUCGGGUCUUCUGGAAGUCAUCCACCUGCCGUUUGGUCUACCAAUACAGGGAUCAUGCAGUGCAGGCCUUUAGAUUUGCAAGUGCUAGCACGAAUUUGUUUGGGAACACCAAUGUGAGAUGCUCUAUUCGAGAAGUGGCGGCUGAAGCACAAGACACCGAAAGUAUGAAGAAUGAUAGUGGCGGGACUUCUGCACCAAAAGAUAGGGCAGCUGAUUCGAGGUCCUCGGGAAAGCCUGGGCAGCUGAAAUCAUGUCUAAAGAAACCCCCAGGUGAGGAAGGGCCGACGACAGAUGGUGGUAAUGGUAGUAAUAGGGGAACCCCACGUGUAAAAUUUAUGUUGGGUGCAGAAGAUAAUAUUAAUAGGGAUAGAGGUGAGCAGAUGAAUGAUAUUAAGAACGUCAACAACACUAGUAGUAUUGCUGAUGGAAGUGCAUCUUCUAGUUCUAAUAUCAACAAUUAUACAAGUCAGUCGUCCAUGCUCCCUCUUCCUACUACUGCUCAUUAUGCCAAUGCACCAAAUGAUAUUCACUUUGCUCUUCAAGCUCCCCAUAGAAAUUAUAACAAUCAAGUGUCUGCUCCUGAAGCCAACUUUUCACAACAAAUGCUAUCCCUUCUCAGCAAGUGCAGUGACAUUGUGACUGAUCUGACGAAUUUAUUGGGCUAUUUCCCUUAUAAUGGCCUUCAAUAAAAUUGGUUCUUCAUUUUUGGAAGGCUUUUGGGCUUAGCCACCAACUCAUCGAUACAAUGCAUAGCAUUUAGUGUCUGA